AUGUACAUACUCGGGUCUGUAAUAAAGUCAUUCUCAAGUGGAGACACUCCCAAGAAACAUAAACAGUUCCUAUUACCCACAUCUACGUUACCCAUGCGCACCUUUGAUCCCAGUAAAGACAUGUCUAAUACGCUCCCAGGUCGAGAACUUGUUCAGCAUGCCACGGUUACUAUUGCCGGUGAUUUUCAUCACGAUGAAUCACUGGCUAUAGACAACAAACUUCGACAAAGACAGGUCGACAGUAACCCAAUACUGGGGACCCUCACCAUCACUACAGCACCGGAUGCCACCUGCGCCUUCAACAACCGAGGUGACCCUGCCAUGGUUUGUCCAUAUGGCCGCCGCUGUUCAUGGGAAUCCGGUGAACUUAAUGUUGCUUUUUGUGGAGCCCAGAGCCUACAUACAACCUGCUACGACUACACAGCUUUAAACGACCUGGGCGAGUGUGAUCGAGAAUGUUUAUCCAAUAGAUAUAAUGGCGGCUGUUUUGCACCUUCAUGUGUCUUGUACCAUCUUGGUAACAGUAUCAGUAUUUGGGGUUGUAUGUCUUUAUCUACAUCAUACCGGGUCUAUACUAUACGAGACGUUGAGGAGCGAGAUUUCAGCACUAUUACUGUUGUUGAUGGGACUCCUUUACGAAGCCCUACUGAUAUCGUUACAUUUACCGACGACGGAACAUCAACCGCUGACGACGCAUCUACAACCAAACCCACAGAUACUGACAUCUCAGACGACCUAGCCUCACCUUCUAUAAGCAGAACAAUUACACAACCAACGCAUGACCCCAAUCCAGGACCCAAGGUGGGCACAAUAGUAGGAGGAGUACUUGGAGGUCUUGCGAUUGUCGCGUUCGGUAUCCUAGGAGUCUGGUAUUUUUGGGGCCGUCAGACCAAGCGUCCCGACAAUUCUCCGCCUCAUAUUGAUAAUGGUCCAGCACCACAUGUUCAGCAGAUUUAG